GUGGUUGGUGUGUGGGGGUCUCCGGUUCUCCAGUUGGAAACAGCAUUCAGUUGCGUUGCAUUGCAUUGCAUGAGAGGGGAAAGUAAGUGAGGGUGCGUGCAUAGGCUACAUGCAGUCAGCACACUAGCAAAACUAACAGACACAUUUAUUUAUAUAUACAAAGAAAAACUGCUCGUGCUACUCCACAGAAGCUGAGCUCGUGCUGCUACUGCUGCUGCCGCUGCUUUUGUGCUGUGUGGGCUCGUAACAGCGCUGCGUUGCAGGAGUGAUGGGGAGAAAGGCGCGAGGGGGCUCGUGUGCAGAGAGGUGUGCUCAGUCCUGAGGGCUAGGAUAGAAGGAAAGAGGGAAGAAAGAAAUAAAGAAAGGAAGAAAGAAGGAGAGGAGCUCUGAGGCUCCACACUACGGGCUCUGCGGCCACCUCUGGAGGAAUCCGCUCCGCUCUGCCUCAGGAACGCACGGCUGGCUCAGCUGCACCGGCAGGUAUGGGCUAUGAGGCACACUGCAGCGCUGCAAUGAGAAGUGUGUGGGUCGCUGCCGUCUUCGUCUGCUUCACAUGGCGUCUCAGCCUCUGCCAGACCACCACAGGGAGUCCGAACGAGGCCGAGCUAAAUGACAACAUCACAGUUUUCACACGCAUCCUGGACGGGCUUCUGGACGGCUAUGAUAACAGGCUGCGGCCCGGCCUGGGAGAAAAGGUGACCGAGAUUAAGACCAACAUCUUUGUCACCAGCUUUGGCCCUGUGUCAGACACCGAGAUGGAGUACACAAUCGAUGUGUUUUUCCGCCAAAGUUGGAAGGACGAGCGUCUGCGCUUUAAGGGACCCAUGGGGAUGCUGCCUCUGAACAACCUGCUGGCCAGCAACAUCUGGACCCCCGACACCUUCUUCUUAAACGGCAAGAAAUCCAUCGCCCACAACAUGACCACGCCCAACAAGCUGCUGAGGCUGCAGGACGACGGCACGCUGCUCUACACUAUGAGACUGACCAUAUCUGCUGAAUGUCCAAUGCAGCUGGAAGAUUUCCCCAUGGAUGCUCAUGCCUGUCCCCUCAAGUUUGGAAGCUAUGCCUAUCCCAUCUCAGAGGUGGUCUACAAGUGGACCCAGGGCCCAUCUAAAUCUGUGGUUGUGGCAGAGGAAGGCUCCCGUCUGAACCAGUACCACCUGAUUGGCCAGACGGCCGGCACCCAGGACAUCAGCACCAGCAGAGGUCAAUACACAGUGAUGAUGGCCCACUUCUACCUGAAAAGGAAGAUUGGUUAUUUUGUCAUUCAGACCUACAUGCCCUGCUUCAUGACGGUCAUCCUGUCCCAGGUGUCCUUCUGGCUUAACCGCGAGUCCGUCCCUGCGAGAACGGUCUUCGGUGUGACCACUGUAUUGACCAUGACCACACUCAGUAUCAGUGCCAGAAACUCCCUCCCCAAGGUGGCCUACGCUACAGCUAUGGACUGGUUCAUCGCUGUGUGCUACGCCUUCGUGUUCUCCGCCCUCAUUGAGUUCGCCACAGUCAACUACUUCACCAAACGCAGCUGGGCCUGGGACGGCAAGAAAGCCAUGGAGGCUCAACAGCCCAAGAAAAAGGAUCCACUGGCACUCUCCAAGAAAGCUAACAAUGCUUGCUCCACUGGAGUGAACUUCACGGCAAACAUCACGAAGGACGCUGCCAUUGCCACCAUCUCAAACAGCACCUCUGUUCAGAUGAAGUGCGCUGAAGCCAAGCCGGCGCUGGACCCCAAAAAAACCUACAACAGCGUCAGCAAGAUCGACAAAAUGUCCCGGAUAGUGUUCCCCGUCCUCUUCGGCACCUUCAACCUGGUCUACUGGGCCACGUACCUCAACAGGGAACCGGUCAUCAAAACGAAUGUUUGACCAGCAUCGCUCUGACAUUUCCACCUUUUCCCCCUUCAUAUCUUCCUCUCUCCAUCCUGCCAUCCACGACCACCAUAAACUGAACCUGCGGGGAGCGAACAGAAACAAUGCCAAACAUUUAUUCACUUCACAGUUUAUCCAAGAAACAAACAAGCUUUCCUGUACUCUUUUUUCCUUCUGUUUUCAAAGAUUGCAUGAUUGAUUCAAAGCUCUGUGGGAAUACUAUCGCCAUAUCUGCCUUGACUUUCUACUGUAUAUUAAUCUUCUACUAGGACUUCAUAGGUGAUGGUUGGUUGCAUUUACCUUCUACUCUUAUAUACUCAACAAAAGCAAGGAUUUCACUCAUCUCAAAUAGUCUCUAAAGUUUUCGACUUUCGAGAAAUGAUAAGACAAAUGCUAAUUCGGAUUUGGCAUCUACAUCUAUCAGUCUGUCGGUCAGAUAAAUGUACAUAAUUACAAGUACAGCAAUGCCAAAUGCAAUGCAAAAAAAGUUGUUGUUUUUUUCUACUGUAUCAAUGCUUACCUUGAAAACCUUGCUUUGUACAAAUGGGCUCGAGGCUUCUAGUGUUUAAGUUUAGCUUGAGCAUUUGAAGCAGAGAGCGGCGAUGCAAAGCGGACGAAUAGCCAUGCUAAAAGUGUUGCCUUCGGAGAGACGAUACCAUACGAGUGCACUGAAAUUUCCAGCGAUUACUUUUUAAAAAACAAUCUUGAGUCUGACUUUCGUUUUACUCGUCUUUGUUAUAUAGCUUAAAGCCAUUUUAAAGUACAAAUGGGCUGACUUGCAUCGCGCCCCUUGUGGCAGCUUUUGAAUCUUUGCUCUUUAAUACUGCAGUAUGUGGAGUGAAGGCGGUCGGGUUGCAGUAAAGACUUUCAAAUCACUUGUAUAUAGGCUGUGUAUGCUUUGCUUUAACGUUAGCUCUUGGAAGAGCUAAACAUUGUGCUACGAUGCUACGCUAAAGUGCAGCUAAAGAAACAUAAACGUAAGCAGCUAGAAGUCGAGGCUCGGAACUGCAGACCGCGGCGUUGAAUUGCGUGGGCUUGAGCUUCGAUGGCAGGCUAAUGGCAUUUCUUUCCUGUUGCCACUUUUGCCAGUUCUCUUAGUGUAGGCUUCGCCAUGAUAAUUGAGUUGUUGUUUUUCCUACCUGUACUGAUAUGAAUUGUUUAUGAACUUAUCUAACAUAGAGUAGCUUUCGACGCUUUUUCUUUUCUGUGUGAUGUGACAUGGUCAAAGGCUUGCGGCUUUCUGCGGCAGGACAGAGGGUUUUUUAAGAGGUGUGUGAGGGUUUUUUUGUGCUACCAUGGAAACUAAUCUACAUGGCAUUUCAGAGGAAUACUUCAGGCAGAUUCAGUUUCGGUUAGAUCAGCAUCAAGCAAGCAAAUAGCUAGAGGUGAGGAGAGUCACCUAAAACCAUACUCUGCAAGUAUUAUUUAAUUAAUGAGAAUUUUUUCAUCCCAUUUUCUCCAUUUUCUCCCUGCAUGAAUAGGAUUCGAACCAGCAAUCUCCCAAUUAAUGAGAACUUUUACUAGGUACAUGUGACCUGCCAAAAAAUCAACUUUACUUAAACAAGGAAUGAUCAGUAUCUGCUCAUAGAAUCCCCUCAAACAUUAAAGGCUGAUUUAUACUUCUGCAUUGAAUCAGCCUGGUGCAUGCGGCAUCAGGCUAUGCCGUAAUUUACAGUGCAGAUUAGGCAUAAUGAGUGAAAAUCUCUGCAUGUCUGCAUAUAAUAACAUUUCAUAGGGUCUAGAUUAUGUAGCAAGUUCAGUAUGUUGAUCAGCUUCUCUUCAUUUCAUCAAGUGUUACUGGAAUGCAAGGUUUGUUGUUGUACCCAAUGAGGAUUAUUACCAUUAAGGAUUAUAUUUUCUGUAGUAACUCAUAACAUGGUUAGAAUGGAUCAUCAGAUAUUGAGAAAACAUGCUGAGUUAAAGCACUAAAUAUUUUCUUAUUUGACCUGUGCAGUACGUCACACAAACCUGCCCCUCCAAACCACCAUUUCCCCAGUAACCAUUUCCACACUCAGGGUAGCCAGGUAUAGAACACAACAGCGUGCAAACAGUACACAACAGUGCAGCCAGAGAAACGGGUGAGCUGGCUUUUUUUCUGUUGAACAGGUCAUCACUGAGCUUCAGUAAGGUUGCUAACCACAGCCUAAGCUAGGUAAUUUACCACCACCACUAGCAUAGUAGAGAUGGGCAUUCUGGACACUGAAAUGUAUUUAUUUACUGAUCAGCUGUAGAGUAAGACUUGUGGUCGCUUGCCACUGUUUGUCAAUCUGGCAAAGUGUGUGAGCUUCGUGUUUGGGGAGGAGUGGGUGGGGCAGAAAACUCGAUCUAUUCUCGCUGGCAUUUGUUACUAAACUAAAUACAAAAUUUCUGACAUUUCCUUGAAUUUUUUAUCACAGGUCAUAUGCUGUUAAUUUUUGUAGUUUUGUUUUGCUUUUAAUUUAAUGGAAUAAUGAAAAUGCGCAGAGUAAUUGAACAAAAACAUUUUCAUUCAGUAGAAAAAGGGUUUCCAUGUUUGGAACAUGGAAACCAACACACGCAUCUUUGUACAAUUGUGUCUCUUUUUUUUGACAUAAUUUCACAUGCGUAGAUGGUUGCAGCUUGUGUGAUGCGUCAAGUUUAAACCAGAUUUCUUAAGUUACGCCGUAGAUUCAGCGCAGAAGAAGAAAUUGGCCUUUAGUUGAUCAUAGAACUGUUGUGGCAAUCCAUAGUACUAUCUAGAGUCUUCACAUCUUUACAUCUUUUUGAUCUGAAAUAAAAAGAUAAAGCCAGGAUGUGAGAGAUGUUGGGAGUUGAAAAGCAGUCUAAUUGCUGAAACAACAGCACAGAAUGAUUCAAAAUAACCCCAAAAGGAAUGGGAAGCAUCCUUGUGUUAAAGGUUAAAACAGAACUGAGUAAAAGUAGAUCUCUUUCUAUGCAAAAACACUUUAAAGACGAAGUAAAAGCAUCACGAUUCGGAGGUGCAAAUCCACCUGAAAGUACAAGUACUGUAACUAGUUUCCACCCACCUCUUCCAAUUGCCAAAUUACAUAUUCAUGUAGAACGUGCCCUGAACAUGAAUAAAAGAAGUGCAGGAGUGGAGAAAAAAAAAGUGUGUGAAUGCCCUUGCGAGAACAAAAGAAAGACAAAGAGAGAGAGAAAAAGAGAGAGAGAGAAAAAGAGGGAGAGAAUCGAGUUAUGGUGUGUGUAAGUGAUGCUGAAGUGUGAUGACACCUCUGCAGGCGCUUGGCAGUGAUCCUCAAUUGUCUUGAGGGCAGAGACAGCGGGCCAUGGCUCAGGGACAGUGUGACAGCGAGUGAGUGAUUGAGAUAGAGUGAGGAAAGUGAUGAGGACACACCCUACAUUUCAGCACAUUCCUGACCGCGUUAUAAUAAACAGUGCCGUCCCUCCAUUAAACCUGACAGUCUGUGUACAUCCUGUGGCGCGACAUUGCCCCGGAAAGUAAAACCCAGAGCAGUGGGGCAGAUGAGUGCAGUUUUGCCACUUCAGGAGGUUCAUGAAUCACACAGCAAUCACUGUGCUCUGACCUCGUAGAACUGAGGUGAGAUAGAGCACAAUAGAGAAACCAGAGCACCCAAGGCUAGCCACUCUGCAGGUCAGUAGAACUCUGAAAGGCCAGUAUCAGCUAUCAGCAUGCAGCUCAGACAGAAGCUGUAACCACCUGUCAGAAACGGGGAAAGCAAAGAUGUGCCAAUUUAAAGAAACAGCUCGAAAAGUUGCACAGAACGAGUUGUGUUCUCUAUCAGAAGAAUGGGUUCUUUCAGAGAUGUACAGUUGCCAUGUAAAGCAUACAUAUGUCUGAAGCAAUAAACUCAUGCCUGGUA